UGUGUCAGUCUACAAUCUUGUCCCUGAUAACCUUUGACAGCUAUUAAUCUAGUCUUGACCAUGGUGAAGAGGUUGCGAUGGAAUAUACCAACCUGGUCUCAUGGGUAAGACGUACCUCUGCACACUUUUUGCAGCGCCACUAAAUACGUUCUAGCAGGUACAUAUUUCUACAGUUUUACGACACGAAAGUCCACUGGGGGCGCUAAAGAGAAGACCUCUGUGUGACACAUCGAUGACGGUCGACUCCACAUACAACACGAUUGAGCGUCAGAGAGAUGCCGGGAAACACACAGAAAUUGUGCCCCGGGUGCAACACCCUGAUAAGUGUUGCAUUCAAGACAUGCCCACUUUGCAAACAACUCCAGCCGUACAAAACAAAAGUUGCAAAAAAGAGAUGCAACUUUCAAAAUAAGAAGGCUGAAUGGAAGAAGUCAAUCGAGAAAAACAACAACAGGACAGUUGUACUUAAUAGCUGCCAUGUAAUGCUUGACAAACUUGCUGCCCUUGAUUUCUUCCCCAUACUACUUUUGGGAAAGAAAUUAAAGGGAAAGUUGGUGGCCGAUGCCAUCCUUGGAGGGGAUUACGUUUUGGAUCCCGAUUUGUUUCAGAGGGUUAAAUUGAUGUAUGAAGCAGUGCUAAAGAUUCAUUGUCAAAGACAGAAGAAGGCCACAAGUAGCACAGAAACUACUGACCCUCCAGAAGCUACUUCCACCAGCCCUCCAGAAGCUACUGCCACCAGCCCUCCAGAAGCUACUGCCAUCAGCCCUCCAGAAGCUACUGCCAUCAGCCCUCCAGAAGCUACUGCCACCAGCCCUCCAGAAGCUACUGCCACCAGCCCUCCAGAAGCUGCUGCCACCAACCCCCCAGAAGCUGCUGCCACCAGCCCCCCAGAAGCUGCUGCCACCAGCCCCCCAGAAGCCGCUGCCACCAACCCCCCAGAAGCCGCUCCCACCAGCCCCCCAGAAGCUGCUGCCCCCAUUCCCCCAGAAGCUGCUGCCACCAGCCCCCCAGAAGCCGCUCCCACCUGCCCCCCAGAAGCUGCUGCCACCACCGCUCCCAACAGCCCCCAAGAAGCUACUGCCACCAGCCCUCCAGAAACCACUGCCACCAGCCCCCCAGAAGCCACCAGCCCUCCAGAAGCCACUGCCACCAGCCCCCAAGAAGCCACCAGCCCUCCAGAAGCCACUGCCACCAGCCCCCAAGAAGCCACCAGCCCUCCAGAAGCCACUGCCACCAGCCCCCAAGAAGCCACCAGCCCUCCAGAAGCCACUGCCACGAGCCCCCCAGAAGCUACCGGUAUUGAUAUCACAGGCUCAUCAGAAGCCACAAGACCCCAGGCCCAGAAGGCCAAAAAUAGACCAAGAAAUGAAGUACACUAUCCAGUCCAACAGAUGGAAGCCAGCAAGAAAAAGAAAAAGUGGAACAGAGGAGGUCCUCAUUCGUUGGGUUCCAUGCAAGACCUGGUUAUUGGAAUAUGCAUUUGUGUUGGGGCUUGGUUGGCAGCCAGAGAGAAUUCCCACAAAUCCUGCAAGAAGGUUUAUGAGGAGCAACUGGAGUUGGCUGUCUGCAGGCACGUUGAGCAGAGAACAUCACAAUGCUGCUGGUUCCAUCUUAGGGCAGGAAGUGGAGAAGUAGUUGACUUCUAAAGCUAUAUAGAUCCCCCUUGGGACCUGGAAACCCUGAAUGCUCACCUUCACCUGGAAAUGAGAGCAUGGGCAGAUGGUUUGGGUGACUUGACAAAGGAUAUGCAGUCAACUGUCUUCUCAAUCGGUGGUACCACUCACUCAGUAGUCAACACAAACAGGCUGUAAAUGCAUACAGCAGUAUAGCCGUUAUGGAGGACAUUCAGGACAACUCUCCGGUGCUGAAGAUGUGCACAAAAAAGACUUUCCUUUCUAUUAAACAGCCCUUUUUUUGAGGUGAUUUACUCUAGAUAGGGCUCAUUACAAACCCAACUGUUUGAAAAUAGUGCACUUAGAUUUUUUAUUUUUGAACUAAAUCUACUAAGUGUUGUCACACAUAGCUUACAGAUAAUCAAGGCCAAAGGUCCAGCACAUAUAGAAUGGCAAUUCUAAGCUAUUAUUAAGAUAAACUCAAAAAUUGAAGAAGGAAUUUGCAAAUACUAAUAUUGGACUAUUAUUAUUAAUUUGGUUCAGCUUUUUUGUGACAACAAAGCUGUAGUUUCUCCAGACUGGCGUCACUACAUAGCAAGUUAAUCAUGCUAAUUUCUUAAAUAAUCCUAUUACAAAGCAUAAUUUGUUUUUCACACGCUUAAAUUGUACAGAUUUUAAGGGAAAAUAUUUUGUGUAUUAUUGUGUGUGUGUAUGUAUCUAAGCUAUGAUUGCAAUAGAAUGUGGAAAUGUC